UCAGCCUCAAACAUGGCUUCCAGACUAGAGAUAAACUUUAUCCGGUUAUUGUCUCGCUGUGAAUCUAUAGCGUCUGAGAAAAGAGUGGAGACUGAAUGGAGGCUGGACAAGUAUGUUGGUGCCCUGGAGGAGAUGUUGGUGGCUUUAAGGAAAAGCCCAAGCAAACCCACACCAGAAGUCCUAACUGAAUACACAAGAAAAGUAGAUUUUCUGAAGGGACUUCUAGAAGCAGAGAAACUGUCCUCACCAACAGAAAAGGCUUUAGCCAAUCAGUUCCUCGCCCCAGGCCGAACACCCACAAUAGCCAAUGAGAGGAUGCCCGCCACUAAAACUGUCCACAUGCAGACGAAAGCACGAUGUACCGGAGAGAUGAGGGACGAGCUGCUCGGCACGGACUUGUCAGGCAAAGGCAAAUCGGAAACGGACUUGCGGAACAGAAAAGGUCUACCUCUGGAUGAGCGUCAGUCGGCUACAGAGUUGGAUGCUGUCCUGCAGCACCACCACAACCUUCAGGAGAAACUGGCAGAGGACAUGCUCAACCUGGCCCGAAAUCUUAAAAACAACACUCUGGCAGCGCAGAACAUCAUCAAAGAGGACAACCAGACUUUGAGCCAUUCUAUGCGUCAGGCGGAUCUGAACUUUGAGAAGUUGAAGACUGAGUCGGAGCGAUUGGAGCAGCACACUAAGAAAUCUGUUAACUGGCUGCUGUGGCUGAUGCUCAUCCUGGUUUCCUUCACCUUCAUCAGCAUGAUUCUCUUCAUCAGAAUCUUCCCCAGACUCAGAUGAUGAUAAUGCACCAUCCUGAACUCAGUUCUACAUCCUCCUGUGUUUACAGAGCAGUAACGACGUAGGCCUCCAUAGAUCUAUACAGCAUGUCUGUACUGUAUACGUGACACCGAUCAGUAGUGGUCAAAACCAAAACAGCUUGACGAACUGAAACAUUUGCACUUUUUAAACUGAAAUUUUUCCUGUAAAUGGUCUGGUGAAAGAUGAUGGAGAUGGCAGAAUGCGGUUUGAAACAUCAGUAUUCCUUUUUUUUAAAAACAGCAGAGACCAGACGUUGAGGUAAAGCGCUAACACUUCCUGUUCAAAGGCUUUUGGGAGCAUCAUAGUCUUAAUACCCCAGACAGCAGGGACUGAGCCUUAAUAAAUGUAACCCUCAUCAGGUUGACUGCUAGCCAUCUACUACAUGUAUGCACUUUCUCAUUAAGUAGGGCUAAAGUUAAAAUCAUCUUUGUUCCUCCACCAUGCAUACACCUGAAGGAGUUCAUGAACCGUCCACCAUCUACUGUAUAUUGGCUUUGAGAGUCCAGUUUCAACUGUACCUUGAAUUAUUUGAACACCAGGUACAAUUUGAC